AAUCCCUACCAGGCUAGCCAGCCAGCUGCCUGCCUGCCUGCUCCUCCCCACCCCCUUAUCUUCCUCCCCUCCUCUCCCUUGUUGCUACGAGUAGUACGCUUGGUGGUGGUGGUGGUGUGUGUGUAUGGUUGCUGCAGCAUAGCUAGCUAGGGACGGGGAAGGUGGAGGAAGCAGCGGAGUCAGCCAUGGGGAGGGGGAGGGUGGAGCUGAAGCGGAUCGAGAACAAGAUCAACCGCCAGGUCACCUUCGCCAAGCGCAGGAACGGCCUGCUCAAGAAGGCCUACGAGCUCUCCGUGCUGUGCGACGCCGAGGUCGCGCUCAUCGUCUUCUCCAACCGCGGCAAGCUCUACGAGUUCUGCAGCACCCAGAGCAUGACGAAGACACUCGACAAGUAUCAAAAAUGCAGUUAUGCAGGACCUGAAACUACUGUGCAGAACAGAGAAAAUGAGCAACUGAAAAACAGCCGCAAUGAGUACCUGAAACUAAAGGCACGGGUUGAUAAUUUACAGCGAACACAAAGGAAUUUGCUUGGUGAAGAUCUUGAUUCCUUAGGCAUAAAAGAGCUCGAGAGCCUUGAGAAGCAACUCGAUUCGUCCUUGAAGCACAUUCGAACAACAAGGACACAACAUAUGGUUGACCAAUUGACAGAACUCCAGAGAAGGGAACAAAUGUUUUCAGAGGCGAAUAAAUGUCUUCGAAUAAAAUUGGAGGAGAGCAACCAGGUUCAUGGGCAGCAGCUCUGGGAGCACAACAACAAUGUACUGAGCUAUGAACGUCAGCCGGAAGUGCAGCCGCCGAUGCACGGCGGCAAUGGAUUCUUCCACCCCCUUGAUGCAGCUGGUGAACCCACACUUCACAUAGGGUACCCUCCUGAGUCCCUGAAUAGCUCAUGCAUGACUACUUUCAUGCCCCCAUGGUUGCCUUGAUUGAAGACGGCGAAGAAAGUGUGAAAAAUAAGUAUAUACGCGGCACCCAGCCGGCCGCAUAUAUGCAUGUAUUCUACUUCGAGUGAUGGAUUAUUCCAGUCAAGAUCCUCAGUUAUUUUGCAUGCAACUUUUGUGUCAUGAAAACUUCAGAACCCUGUAUUUGAUGCUCAAGAUUAUUGUGUUACUUGCGUGUAAAAGAACAUACAUUAUAUUACUAGAGUGGCUAUGCGUGAUAAUUUUUUCCCCUUAA